AUGCCACUCAGGAUAUCUCUUCGCUUUGUGGUCGAUCUCCUUGUAAACCGACUAGAUGAACUGUCUCAAUAUCUCAUUGACCAGGGAUUAUCUCCGCCUCCCAUGUUUAAUGAAAACGAGAUUGCGUUAAAAAAUGCUUUAGAAACUCUUGGACUUGGCCAUGUACAAUUGGCCCUGGAGAUGAUUGAGACUAAGGAUCGGCAAUUGGCACAUUUUUCCCUCGCAGGAACUACCCAGGCUCUGCUUGAGGAUACAGAAGGGGCAGGCCUUGAGAUCGACCUCAGCGAGUUGAACACAAACAUGGAUAUAUUGGCGCGACCACUGGGUACUGACGGCUAUGAAGAAAUCCACCAACCUAUAUCACGGACAAGGUUGACUCUCCCUGAGAUGGCGGACGACUCGCUGCCGCACCUUUUUGAAGACGAACUCGUUGAUUUGGGGCGCCUCUCGGAUUUGGGCCGAGAGACAAGUCCAAAAGACUCUUCACUAGCGGAUUUCCCUGAAUUUUCCCCAUCUAUCCAAUCAAAUAAGCAGCAGCCAAAUGAUCUACCAGAGUUGGAAUCUCCGAAUCGCUUUCCAAGAACAACGGACACCGCAUCAAGUGGUGAUGAACUGAAGCAAAACACAAAUAGCAACGAAGACAUGGAAGAUAUUGUGCACCGACUUUCAGACCGAAUGGGAAGUCUACAGAUUGGAUCUGAUGGACAAGUGCGAUAUUAUGGCCCGACGUCUCACUUUAACUUGCUGCGAAUGCCUACCCCGGACAAGCUAACCAUCCAUCGCAAUGUGCGAAAAGACGGGCAAGACUACCUCUAUCGCAUGGGGAUCGGGAAAAGUGUGCCUCCUGAUUUGGAAGCUCACCUGAUCAACCUUUUUUUACAUGGCACAAUCCUUCAUUCGAUGUGGUGUUGUCUUGGUGCUGCAUUCGAGCCUCGCUACCAUCCGAAUUUUAUCACAUACCCAAAAUCUGUCUCGGACUUCUUUGCGGAUCGUGCUAAGACAUUGCUUGACAUUGAGCUUGACUCACCAUGCUUGGCGACUGUCCAGGCAAUGGUAGUGUUGAGUGGACACGAUAUAGGCUGCAAACGCGAUGCAAGAGGAUGGCUUUACAGUGGAAUGGCUAUGCGACUUGCUUUUGAUCUUGGACUACACCUCGACAUGUCACCCUACGUAUCAGACGGGUCGAUUAGCGCGGCCGAGGCUGAACUGCGACGCAAAGUUUUCUGGGGGGCUUACACGCUGGAUCAACACUGGGGCUUCCUCCUUGGACGUCCAUUCAGAAUCAAUAUGGAAGAUGUCACCGUUGACAAGCCUGGCCGCGAUCCGAGGUGGGAUCAGGCUCAGCGAUGGACUCCCUACGGACUCCCGUAUCCCGUGUCGUCUGCAACGGACUCGCCCAUUGUGAAUCCAGUCACAGCUCUGAGUCAGUAUCGUAUUUCACUAUGUGAGAUCAUGACGCCGUUAGGACAUGUUUUGUACGGAUCUUCAAAGAUAUCGAAACAUGAUCUGCAAAGUCUCAAUGCAAGGACUACCCAAAGACUUCUCCAAUGGAAGGCGAAUUUGCCCAAGCCUCUGCAAGUGGACCUCGACAACUCAUCUAUUCCCUAUCUGCCACAUGUGCUACUGCUUCAUAUGCACUAUCACCAAGCUAUCAUUCACGCACAUCGACCAUGGAUCUCUAAAAGUUCGAUUCAACCUCAACCCGCUCAAGGUCCCGGCCAUAACCACGCUCGCAAAAUGUGUGUCGAAUCCGCAACCGCAAUUGCUAAACUACUUCACCUAUACGAAUUGCGCUAUACUUUCCGUCGCAUGAACAUCCAAGCAGUUGCCAUAACAUGCUCCGCGGCCCUGAUAUUGAUGUUUGCGACUAUUCUCAAUCGAGACUUCACCCAUGACCAUGAAACGGUGGCCCAUCUCAGCCUUUGUUUUAGAGCACUGGAGGAAUUUGGUCUCUCAUGGGAGAGUGCCAAACGAGCGCAGAGCUUCUUACUCCACAUGCAGGGAUUAUGGGAAACGCGGGUCCGUCCCUAUCGUUCAGCAAAGAGAGCCAUGCCUGAAGCUCAUGAUAAAUCUCGAGCACAAUCACCUCAAACCAAGCGGUCACGCACUUCACCUGAACCUGGCUCUGGGGGGACUGAUAUUCCUGGGAACGAUUCAAUAGCGCAAGAAUUACAUGAGAACGAUAAUAGCCUAGUGGAUUGUGACUCGGAGGAUUUUGACUGGUUGUGGGCUGCUAGCAUGGGGGCUGUUCCUCCUUCUGGGUGA